UCAACUGGGCAACUUAAAAAACCAUGAACAUAUACACACAGGAGAGAAGCCUUACUCCUGCUCUGACUGUGGAAAUAGGUUCUCUCUAAUGGGUACCUUAAAACAACAUGAACGUAUACACACAGGAGAGAAGCCUUACUCAUGUUCUGAAUGUGGAAAAUGCUUCAAAACAUCAUCAUCACUAAAAAGUCAUCAGAGAACACACACAGAAGAGAAGCCUUACUCCUGCUCUGACUGUGGAAAGAGGUUCUCUCUAUUGGGUACCUUAAAACAACAUGAACAUAUACACAAAGGAGAUAAGCCUUACUCAUGUUCUGAAUGUGCAAAAUGCUUCAAAACGUCAACAUCACUAAAAAUUCAUCAGAGAACACACACAGGAGAGAAGCCUUACUCAUGUUCUGAAUGUGGAAAAUGCUUCAGUACAUCAACAUCACUAAAAAUUCAUCAGAGAACACACACCGGAGAGAAGCCUUACUCCUGCUCUGCAUGUGGGGCGAGUUUCUCUGGACUGGGCCACUUAAAAAAACAUGAACAUAUACACACAGGAGAGAAACCUUACUCAUGUUCUGAAUGUGCAAAAUGCUUCAAUACAUCAACAUCACUAAAAAUUCAUCAGAGAACACACACAGGAGAGAAGCCUUACUCCUGCUCUGCAUGUGGGGUGAGUUUCUCUCGACUGGGCGACUUAAAAAACCAUGAACGUAUACACACAGGAGAGAAGCCUUACUCCUGCUCUGACUGUGGAAAGAGGUUCUCUCUAUUGGGUACCUUAAAACAACAUGAACAUAUACACAAAGGAGAUAAGCCUUACCCCUGCUCUGACUGUGGAAAGAGUUUCUUUCACCUGGGUACCUUAAAACAACAUGAACGUAUACACAAAUUAGAGAAGCCUUACUCCUGCUCUGGCUGUGGAAAGAGAUUCUCUCACCUGGGAUACUUAAUAAGCCAUGAACGUAUACACAAAAGAGAGAAGCCUUACUCCUUUUCUGACUGUGGGGCAAGUUUCUCUCGUCCGGACACCUUAAAACGAUCUGAACAUAUACACACACUGGAGAGAAGCCUUAGUCCUGCUCCGACUGUGGAAAGUGUUUCUCUUGAAUGUGCCAUUUAAAAAGACACCAAAGGAAACACGAGAGGAGCCUUACCACUGAUCUGACUGUAGAAAAUGUUAAAACACCAGCUGAGCUUAAAGGUCAUUAGAGAAAAGACAAAAGGAGAUAAGCCUUAUUUCCGCUCUCAAUGUGGCAAGAGUUUUUCCCAAUUGGGCAAUGUAAAAACACCAACGGAUACACACUUGAGAGAAGCCUUAUCACUGCACUGACUGUGGGAAGAGAUUCUACAGAUUGGGCCAAUUAAAAAGACACCAAUGUACACAUAAAGGAGAGAAACCUCAUCAGUUUUCUCAGACCAGCGAAGAUUGGACACUCCACUUAAUUCUCAUGUCAUUAAAUAAUUGGCAACGUUGAAUUGGAUCAAAUGAAGAAAGUGUAGAACACUGUUGUAAUCCUAUAGUUUCUCACUGUGAGAGAACAAUGCAGAGGAAAUGGAGUGUUAUAGAAUGUUAGCCUCUCUUUACUGAUCAGUGUGCACCUUGUCAGUUUUGGUGUGUUUUGUCAGCUUCUACUGUAAAGAUAUUGAGGUUACCUUGAAUUUGCUUUUAGGGUUGAAUAUCCUCUGUGAGGCGUCUCACAAUGGAGUCUGAUGGGUGACUGGGUGGUACUGCUUCCCUCUGCAGGUUUCUGUGGGAAUGAGCUAGUAGACACAACACACUGAUUUUGCAAAACAUUAAGGAUACCUGCUCUUUUCAUGACAUAGAUUGACCAGGUGAACCCAGGUGAAAACUAUAAUCCUUAAUGAUAUACAGUGGGGCAAAAAAGUAUUUAGUCAGCCACCAAUUGUGCAAGUUCUCCCACUUAAAAAGAUGAGAGGCCUGUAAUGUUCAUCAUAGGUACACUUCAACUAUGACAGACAAAAUUAAAAGAAAAAAAUCCAGAAAAUCACUUUGUAGGAUUUUUUAUGAAUUUAUUUGCAAAUUAUGGUGGAAAAUAAGUAUUUGGUCACCUACAAACAAACAAGAUUUCUGGCUCUCACAGACCUGUAACUUCUUCUUUAAGAGGCUCCUCUGUCUUCCACUCGUUACCUGUAUUAAUGACACCUGUUUGAACUUGUUAUCAGUAUAAAAGACACCUGUCCACAACUUCAAACAGUCACACUCCAAACUCCACUAUGGCCAAGACCAAAGAGCUGUCAAAGGACACCAGAAACAAAAGUGUAGACCUGCACCAGGCUGGGAAGACUGAAUCUGCAAUAGGUAAGCAGCUUGGUUUGAAGAAAUCAACUGUGGGAGCAAUUAUUAGGAAAUGGAAGACAUACAAGACCACUGAUAAUCUCCCUCGAUCUGGGGCUCCACGCAAGAUCUCACCCCGUGGGGUCAAAAUGAUCACAAGAACGGUGAGCAAAAAUCCCAGAACCACACGAGGGGACCUAGUGAAUGACCUGCAGAGAGCUGGGACCAAAGUAACAAAGUCUACCAUCAGCAACGGCAUUGAAGAUGAAACGUGGCUGGGUCUUUCAGCAUGACAAUGAUCCCAAACACACCGCCCGGGCAACGAAGGAGUGGCUUCGUAAGAAGCAUUUCAAGGUCCCGGAGUGGCCUAGCCAGUCUCCAGAUCUCAACCCCAUAGAAAAUCUUUGGAGGGAGUUGAAAGUCUGUGUUGCCCAGCAACAGCCCCAACGCAUCACUGCUCUAGAGGAGAUCUGCAUGGAGGAAUGGGCCAAAAUACCAGCAACAGUGUGUGAAAACCUUGUGAAGACUUACAGAAAACAUUUGACCUCUGUCAUUGCCAACAAAGGGUAUAUAACAAAGUAUUGAGAUAAACUUUUGUUAUUGACCAAAUACUUAUUUUCCACCAUAAUAUGCAAAUAAAUUCAUAAAAAAUCCUACAAUGUGAUUUUCUGGAUUUUUUUUUCUUUCAUUUUGUCUGUCAUAGUUGAAGUGUACUUAUGAUGAAAAUUACAGGCCUCAUCUUUUUAAGUGGGAGAACUUGCACAAUUGGUGGCUGACUAAAUACUUUUUUGCCCCACUGUAGUUGUUGUUGUAUUUAUUUUGGAUCCCCAUUAGCUUUCAGUAGAAAACAAGAUACUGCAGUUGCAGUGGGCUAAGGAAUGAAAACACUGGAGAAUUUUAAAAACAUUGCCUGGUCUGAUGAAUCCCUGUUCCUGCUGUUUCACGCUGAUGGGAGGAAACCACGAGUACAACAUUGCAGGCUGGUGGUGGUGGUAUGAUGAUGUGUUUUCAUGCCACAUAUUGGGCCCCUUGAUAAAAGUGGAGCAACGUUUGUGUAAAAAUCAUUGCCAAUCAGGUGCAUCCCUUCAUGGUGGCCAGGAAUGAUUCCAAGAACAUGACAGGGAAUUCAGCUUACUGCAGUGGCCUGCCGAGUCACCAGAUCUCAAUCCAAUUGUGCAUCUGUGGGAGGACAUGGAAGGAGCUAUUCAGAGUAGAUCCACUCCCAGCCAACUUGACACAAUUGUGGGAAGCAUUGGAGUCAACAUGGGCCAGCAUCCCUGUGGAAUGUUCUCAACACCUUGGAGAGUCCAUACCCCGACUAUUGAGGCUGCUCUGAGGACAAAAGGAGGUAUAACUCAAUAUUAGGAAGCCAUUCCUAAUGUUUUGUGCACUCAGUGUAUAUCAGAUAAGAUGUUGUGGUGAUCAGUUUUCAGCAUUAGUUUGGGUGGAUUAUUUUAUAUUACUAAACAAUUUUGUUUAAUGAUAAACAGGCUAUGAGUCGAAUACUUGUGUUUAUUAAUUUGUCUUUUAAUACUAGAUUUGUUAUUUUAGUUAUUGAUGAUGAAUGUAUUUGAAUAACUGUAUUGAAGUUAAUUGAUCUGGCAGGUAGCCAGCGGUUAAGAGUGUUGGGCCAGUAACUGAAAGGUUGCUGGUUUGAAUCCCGAGCCGACUAGGUGAAAAAUCUGUCAUUGUGUCCUUGAGCAAGCCAAUUAACUCUUAUUUGUCCUGUAAGUCUCUCUGGAUAAAAACAUCUGCUAAAUGACAAGAAUGCAAUGAAAAAUGUUUGUACAUGAAUUCAUGCUGGGCAGCCACUUUUUUCUGAUGUGUAUAAUUAAAUGAAAUAAACUUCACCAUAGCCCUUUGA